UGGUUGCCGUGGUGACUCGUCAUGGCGAUCUAAGCCACGCCUCCGAGGUCAGGUGUUACACGCGUCAGAGCUCCGCCCAGGUGAUGAUGGACUACGAGGAAAGGCCCGACUCUGAAGCCUCCUGCAUCACCUUCCUGCCAGGUCAGAGAGAGCAGGUGUGUGUGGUAGUCCUGGUGGACGACUCGGAGCACGAGGAAGAGGAGGAGUUUCGUCUGGUGCUUGGAAUCCCCAGCGGCCAAUCCCGUGUGAGCUUGUUGCUGGGGCAGCAGCAGGAUGUGGUCAUCCAUGUCACCGAUGAGAAAGACAGGUCGGUGAUCUGCUUUUCUGAGACCAGGUACACAGUGAGAGAGCCGGUUUCCCCCGAUGAGGUUGCCGUGGUGAGGGUUGCCGUGCGUCGCCUUGGCGACCUCUCCAGGGUAUCGGUGGUGCGUGUGCACACUAGAGAUGGCUCCGCCCACUCAGGACAGGACUAUACACCCCUCUCUCAGGGUGAGGAGGGGGGAGGAGGAGAUGGUGUUCUCUGGGUGUUCUCUGACGGCCAGUCUGAGCAUGUGCUGGAGGUCCAGGUUCUGUUCGACCAGGAGAGAGAAACGAGGGAGACCUUCACCCUUCACCUCACCCCUGACCGCAAUAUGGUGGCCCACACACAGGCGUGUGACCCCCGCCACCCGGCCCACCCCCUCACCUCCCCUCACUGCCUCUCCGAGGGCCUCAACAGCAGCCUGACCGAGUUCCGCUGGCUGUUGGGCCCCCCGGGGGCCCCACUGAGGGGGCAGGAGGCCGGGCCGCUGGCCGGGGGGCGGGGCCUGCUGCUGGACCAGCUCUACCUGCAGCCUGGGGUGCGGGUGCAGUGCUGCGGCCGGGCUGUGAGCUCCGAGGGGCGGGCAGGGCAGGAGGUCUGCAGCCCCCUGGUGGAGGUCAGCACCACGGAGGGUAUGUGCCCCCCCUCCUCCCCUGGGGUGGUGGGGGCGGAGCCUUACUCAGCCAAGCUCCGUUACACGGGUCCCGAUGACGCCGCCCACCCCAACCUCCUCAGGCUGACUGUUACCAUGGCGCACGUAGACGGUCUCAUCCCCCUGGUCUCCACCCGGCCUCUCUCCAGCCUCUCCCUCACCCUCACCCAGCACGCCUCCCUCCAGGAUCACCGCUGCUCCAACCUCCAGGGACCCACCCUCCAGCCCAACACUACCCGCCUGGGGCUCACCUGGGCUGGGCAGCCCGGCUCUGGAGGGGGGCCUCUGUUACGGAGCCCCGCGGCCCAGAGAGGAGGCUUGUCUCUGGGCUUCUAUCGGAGUCUGGACCUGGAGGCCUGCGUCUGGAGCUUCACGGGACACUACAGCAUCGGAGAGCUGCUCUCAGACUGCGGGGGGACCGUAGAGAGUGACGGACAGGUGCUGGAGGGGGUCCAGUCCUACGUGACGCUCCGCGUGCCUCUCUACGUGUCCUACCUCCACUCCGCCCCCUCCGCUCCUGGGGGCUGGGUGACCUUUGACCUCAGGUCUGACCUGCGUUUGACCUUCACCUACGAAACCUCCAUCCUCUGGAGGGACGGGAUAGCCACGCCCCCCGACGCCCCGCUACAGGGUUCUCUCUACCCCACCAGUAUGAGGAUCAACAGUGAGGGCCGUUUAGUCGUCACCUUCAGAACACAGGCUCGUUUCAGGGGACACUUUAUCCUGUCGCACCCAGCUGUGAGGGGCUCCUCUGAGGUGCUGUGUGAGGAGCGGCCCUCUCUCCUGCUCUCCCUCUCCCUGCUGGACUCCACACACUCCACACAGACAUGGAGCUUCACCUCUCAGCUGGCU